GCUAGUAUCAGUUUGAGCAGAGCCAUGGAGAGACAUGGGCAGAAAGUGGUGCUGAUCACAGGCUGUUCCUCCGGCAUCGGCCUGAGGAUUGCCGUAAUGCUGGCCGAGGAUGAAAAGCAGCGCUAUCACGUAAUAGCUACGAUGCGUGACCUGAAACGUAAAGAUAAUCUGGUGAAAGCUGCUGGGGAUUUGUACGGCAAAACUGUUUUUGUGGCUGAACUGGACGUCUGCAGUGACGAGUCGGUGAAACAGUGUGUCGACAGCAUCAAAGAUCGACACAUAGACAUCCUCAUAAGUAAUGCAGGCAUCGGCCUGGUGGGUCCAGUGGAGAGCAUCCCUAUGGACGAGAUGAACAACGUCUUUGAGACCAACUUCUAUGGAUCAGUUCGUCUGAUCAAGGAGGUGAUGCCUGACAUGAAGAAUAGGAGAGCGGGACGCAUCAUAGUGAUCAGCAGUGUGAUGGGACUCCAAGGGGUGGCGUUUAACGAGGUAUACGCAGCUUCCAAGUUUGCUCUUGAGGGCUUCUGCGAGGGUCUGGCUGCGCAGCUUUUGAGUUUUAAUGUCAUAUUAUCAAUGCUGGAGCCAGGCCCCGUGCACACAGAAUUUGAGUUAAAGAUGAUUCAGGGCAUGAAAGAGAAGGAGUGGCCUAGUGUUGAUCCCGACACAGUGAAUUACUUCAGGAAUUUCUAUCUCCCUGGUGCUGUGGAUAUGUUUGAGAUACUGGGACAAACACCUGAUCACAUUGCCAAACGUACAAUGAGCAUGAUCGAAGCCAGCAAUCCAUAUUUCCACAAUCUGACCAGCCCGCUGUACUCACCCAUUUUAGCGCUGAAAUAUGGCGAUGAAACUGGACACCUGUCUCUCCAGGCCUUCUACUGCAUGCUCUUUACCCUGCGUCCUUUGAUGAACGUCGGCAUGCCCGUCCUGAAGUGCCUCACCUUUGGGUUCGUGAGGAAAUGGAGAAUUUCACCAAACUAGUGUGCAACAGUCUGAAUAAUAACACAAACACUAUGAGUGUCUACCACGCAAUAUGUGGGCUUUUGCAAAAAAUGCAUUUUGCUAAUAUGAACAACCCAAAGUUGCAAAUCAAUCGCAAAUAAAGAAGACGAUAAGAAAUCUAAUCUUACACUAACAUUUUCAACGAGUUUUGUCACUUUUCACAUUUCACGCUGUUGAUAUGCAGUCUGCAUUGUAGUGAAGAGAAAUACACUAUACUCCCAAAAGUAUUCACUUAUCCUCCUUUGCAUUCAUAUCACAUUGAGUGACAUCACAUUCAUAAUCCAUAGUGUUCAAUAUGAUGCUAGUCCACUCUUUGAAGUUAUAACAGCUUCAACUCUUCUGGGGAGGCUUUCCACGAGGUUUAGGAAUGUGUUUCUGGGAAUUUUGAUCAUUCUUCCAGAAGCACAUUUCUAAGGUCAGACAAUGAUGUUGGAUGAGGAGGCCAGUCAAGGUUUUCUACACCCUACUUCAAUGUCUUAAUGGACCCUUCUUUCUCCACUAGUGCUCAGAGAUGUUAGAACAGUUCCCAAAAUCAGCUGGAAGCAUGAAAUUAUCCAAAAUAUCUUGGUAUGCGGAAGCAUUAAGAGUAUAUUUCACUGGAACUAAGGGGCCGAGCCAAACUCCUGAAAAACAAAGCCACACC